GGCAACAGUCUGACGUUUACUUAGCCAGGAAAGCUUCAGUUAGUUUCUUUCCGCACAUCUUCCUCUUCACUUUCAGCGACUCUGUGGCUUAUAGACAUGUUGACAAGUGUGGACGUAUCAAAACUUUGCUUGAUUUUGCUGUUACCACUAGCCGUGUCCCAUGAUGCUGAAGAGACUGUUGUGAAGACAGUUAGGAGAGAACACGAUGUCACUCGGAUUUGCAACAAGGAAAGUCAGACUACUAUUGUUUUGAUUAUCUGUAAGAUCAACACACAGAGGGACACAGGAGGAGAGUGUCAUCUGCUCUAUCGACAUGGAGAGAACUUUACUCAGGAAUGUGACCCCAGGUUCUCAAUAAUAAAAAAAAAUCAGACUGCCUUUCUCAAGCUGACCAGUUUAACACCAGAAGAUAGUGGAAACUACACCUGUGAGUGUACAAAUACUGAAGGGACAUAUAUUGUCCAUAUCAGUGUCACUGUAGAAGAUACAAACGAGGCCCAGACCUCAGAAGAAAAAUCUUUUUCCAUUUAUCUGCCCGGUGUUGUGAUCAUCCUUAUAACUGGAGUUAUUGUGGGAUUUAUCUACUGGAGGAAAAGUAAUGGUGGCUGCUUAAGGUCAGGAACAUCUGGAGCGUCUGUACCUGAAAAUCCCAACAGUUUGGAUGACGAUGAGCCAGAUCAGCCCUACACAAACCUUCAGCAGCCAUCGAAUGACUCCUACCAGACUAUCAUCUCAGUGAACCAUCAACAUGACAACAAGACACGCUCAGCAAGAAGCACAGGAACUGUCGGAGUGGAUAAUAAAGCUCUAUGAAACAUUUUAAAGUAUAUAAAACUUUAGGUGACAUAGUUUCAUAAUAUAAUAAUAUAUAAUAUUGCAGAUAAAUCUUUUUGUGUGAUCACUAUUAUAUGGUUCACCUUUCACACGAUAUUUGUUUCCCAGUAACGGAGACCAUUCAGUCAUAAUACUCCAACUCAGGCUCUCAGAUUUAAUACAAUACGAACACAAUAAACUGUGGCAAACAUGACUCUUUGUUUCAGACCAGUUUUGUUUUUUUAACACAGAUCUCAUCAUAAUUUUAACACAAUGUCCAUCCAGAUACACAGAGAUCAGUCUGGCUCUAUGUGCCAUGGCUUAAACAAUGUUGGUGGUUUACCUUCUACUGUCCUUCCACUUUCAUGCACUUCUAUUUUAGACAUAGUAAAAGUUUGAGUUUGGACACAAGGGGUGAAAUAAGGAGGAGUGCAAGUCUUCCUGCUUUCAUUAUAGUCUACCUCACACUGUCAGCCACAGUUACUUCCUCACCAGUAUGACUGCACGGAAACUCUGCUUUCUCCUGCUUCUGCAUCUACUUGUGGGUUUUAGCAGUGAAGAGACUCUUGAGAAGACAAUUGGAAAGAAACCUGAUGCCACUCAAAUAUGCAGCAAGACAACAUUGAAUAUUACUGUGAUGAUAGUGUGUGAGAUCAGCACAGAGAGGAGCCGAGGAGAACAGUGCCGUCUGCUCUAUCGUUACGAUGAAGGCUUUAUUCAUGGGUGUGACUCCAGGUUCACACUGAUCAAAGAAAAUGAGACUGUGUUUCUCCACCUGGUCAACUUAACAUCUGAAGACAGUGGAAACUACACCUGUGAGUGUGUAUUUCGUGGUGGGUUGUAUGUUCUCCAUCUCAGCGUGACUGUGAGAGAGGAUGGACAUUUUUCUGGCAUGAAGUUCAUGGCUACAGUUACCAUCAUUUCUGCUGCUGCUUCACUCAUCAGUGUGGCUGUGAUAACCUGCGGUUACAGCCUGAGGAGAAAUCCUCACAGAGAAAACGGAUCAGGACUAUCUAACUUGACAGGAUCUGAAACUCACCAGCUGUUUGACAAAGAGGACCGCUACAUGAGCCUUCAUCGGCAAAACAUUGAUGUCUACCAAACUAUCUCCUCCGGUCGCCUUCAUCAUGAUGCUGAGGCCACUCCAUGUCACAGUCAUGUACAAUAAUAAUCAGAGAUGGAGGGAUUUUUUACCCUGACUACAUAAUUUAUAAAACUAUGAUGCUAGACUUACUAUUUAUAAAAGACACUGACAUUUUAACUUGCCAGCAUCUUGUGUACUGUACUGUUAGUUUGUUUGCUUUGCACUGAAAAAAGAGAAAAAUAUUAACAUCCAAAAAAACUUGUAAUUAUGUUGUGAA